AUGGCCCCUCGACGAUGGGCAUCAUCAGAUGAGGAGGAGUUUGUCAACACAUUCUAUGAGAAGUAUCAAUAUUGCCAAGCAAGGAGGGACUACACCACCUUCUGGAACCCUUUCUACGAGGCUUGGGGCGCCAAAUUUCCUGAGUGGCUUGUUGUUUUUCCCGAAAUUCCUUUGGACAAAGAGCUAAAUGUAGAACAAAAGCAAAUUGUUAGUGCCGCGUAUGACCGGCGGAAGCUGCAACUCAUGAACAAGCUUCGUAAUAACUGGGGAUCAUCAAAGGCAUCGCGUAAAGCAAAGAAUACUGGAGAAAAGACGCGCCAAAGCUUGAUUGCCAGCAUCACUGCCCCACAGAGAGCCCGUUCUUUGCAAUCCCACGAGGCCUACUCCAAGUUGUAUUUUGCAACCUGCGUGAAGCCUGCUGUAGAUGCCGAGAUGCAGCGACUUCAACAUGUUGCAAAUUUGGCGAAGUUAGGUAAUGGAACGGAUGAAGAAGGGGAAAAGGAUCUCGAUGACACUACCACUGGCGAUCCAUCGAGUAGCUCCAUGGAGAAAGAGGUCAAAGCUGAAGUGGCAGCAUACAUCGAGCAGCUCAACGAGAAGAAAAGUCAGGACUUAGAGGCUGCAAAGACAGGAGAAGGGAUAGAUCACCAAGUAACUAUUGACCGGCUUGUUGACAUCCUUGCCGAGUUCUUUCAAGAACUUGAGCGACUCACAGGGUGGUCCUUCUCCGUCCUCAUGGGUGGGCCUACACCUGCAUUAGGAGGGAAGAUCAAUGUCAGUAGCUUCCAUGUUGGAUGCACUGAGAUGGGAAACCUCUUCUCAGACGCAUAUCCUGACUUCAAUAGUACAAUUAUGAAACCUUGGGUGGAAUUCAUUAACCAUGUGCAUCCAACCGCUGCUGCAAAAGGACUUAAGAGAUAUUGCAGCGUCGAGUCGAUGAACAAUAUCAGUCUUGAGAAGGGUACUGGUACCAUGAGCAAAUCGGUCAAUACGAUGGCGAUGUCUGGGCCCUCAAAUUCAAAUGUCACUGCCACCACUCUUCUUCCACCCCUUGAUGAGUCAGACGAACUUAAUCUUCUCGCUGAUGGCUUCUUCGCAUCAAAUGAAUACUCUCAAUUGCACAAUCUGGAUUUCAGUAUCCUACAACCACAGUUGCCUCCGUCUUCGGCACUUUCAUCUUCCAAUUCGUAUUCCUCCAUCAACCCUUAUGACGAUUUUUCUUGGAUGCUGUCAGCCUUGCAGCCACCGACACAAACCUCUGGACAGGGCGAGGCAUAUGCACCCAGGCCUGGGCUCAUUCUACCCCAGCCUUCCCCACCUCCGACGUAUCCUUCACCACGAUCAAUGUGUGCUCCCACACCCUCCACUACCACACUCGAAUCAACUUUGUCACAGUCCAUUCUGCCCGCCAAGCUGGUAUGCAAUCCUCCCUCGUUGACUGAGUUCCUUCAAGACGUCAUGAAGAAACCGGCACAUCAGUCACCUGCACCUACUGACAAACAAGCACCCUCAUGCCCACCGCAAGUAUCCAUGAACGCUCCUCCUGAGAUGACUCAGACUGUGCCACUUGCACGAAGUUUGCCAGGAGCCCCUCCUUCGCAAAUUCUACUACCAGGAGUCAUUCAUUCACAGACCCCAUUACUCCCAGAGGGAUCAACAGCACCUGCUGUACAAAAUCCGACUCCACCUGCUGUUCCCACACAGAGUUCACCUCCCUCAUCGACCACGAACUCUGCUAGUCCCUCCACAGUUGGCGUUUUGACACUACCGGCUGUUGAUCAAACUAUAGACUCCCCUGAUGUGGCUCCUACCUACAUAUCUCCUCACCACGCUUCCAAACGAUGCAGGCACCACGACAGCAACAAAGGCGAAGUCUCUGAUGGUCUGGUGACUGGUCGUUCCAACUAUCCAAAGGAAAAGGGCUUGACUUAA